CUUCCCUUUCCUUCCGCUUUAGACUCCAACUGCCCCCCACAUUCCUUCACAUUCUUCCAUGACGGCCUGACGCCGCCGCGCAUUAAGCCGUCCGUGCCAGCCCACCGAAGUUCAUCGCCAUCUUCUUCCUCCAUUCAACCUCAAAAACUAAUAAAAAUGGAGUCUUUGGAAGACAUCAAGAACGAGGCGGUGGAUCUCGAGAGCAUACCUAUUGAGGAAGUCUUCUCCCAGCUCAAAUGCUCCACCGCUGGUCUCACCACCGCCGACGGUGAACUGCGGCUUCAGCUCUUCGGUCCCAACAAGCUUGAGGAAAAAAAGGAGAGCAAGUUGCUCAAGUUCCUCGGCUUCAUGUGGAAUCCCCUGUCAUGGGUCAUGGAGAUCGCUGCUUUGAUGGCCAUCGUACUAGCCAAUGGAGGCGGAAAGCCGCCGGACUGGCAGGACUUCGUCGGCAUCGUAGUUCUGCUCUUCAUCAAUUCCACCAUCAGCUUCAUUGAGGAGAAUAAUGCUGGUAACGCUGCGGCCGCGCUGAUGGCCGGACUCGCGCCAAAAACCAAAGUCCUCCGUGACGGCCGGUGGACGGAGCAGGACGCCGCCAUUCUUGUUCCCGGUGACAUCAUCAGCAUCAAGCUCGGGGAUAUCAUCCCCGCCGACGCCCGUCUUCUUGAAGGUGAUCCGCUUAAGAUAGACCAAUCGGCCCUCACAGGCGAAUCUCUUCCCGUCAACAAGCACCCCGGGGACGAAGUUUUCUCCGGCUCCACCUGCAAACAGGGCGAGAUCGAAGCCAUUGUGAUCGCCACCGGCGUCCACACCUUCUUUGGCAAGGCGGCUCACCUCGUCGACAACACAAACAACGUCGGCCAUUUUCAAAAGGUUCUCACCGCAAUUGGUAACUUCUGCAUCUGUUCCAUCGCCAUUGGCAUGCUUGUAGAGAUCGUCGUCAUGUACCCUGUCCAGAGCCGGCGGUACCGUGAUGGCAUCGACAAUCUCCUUGUUCUGCUCAUCGGCGGCAUCCCCAUCGCCAUGCCCACUGUACUUUCAGUUACCAUGGCGAUCGGAUCCCACCGUUUAUCGCAGCAAGGUGCCAUCACCAAGCGUAUGACCGCCAUUGAAGAAAUGGCCGGCAUGGACGUGCUCUGCUCAGAUAAAACUGGCACCUUGACGCUCAACAAGCUCACCGUCGACCGCAGUCUGAUCGAAAUUUAUACCAAAGAUAUCGAUAAAGACGACCUCUUACUGUACGCCGCGCGUGCAUCCCGUGUCGAGAACCAGGACGCCAUUGACGCCUGCAUCGUCGGCAUGCUCGCCGACCCUAAAGAGGCACGCGCCAGGAUAAAGGAAGUUCAUUUCUUACCAUUCAACCCUGUCGAGAAACGCACCGCCAUUACCUAUAUCGACGAACAGGGGAAAUGGCAUCGGGCUAGUAAAGGCGCGCCGGAGCAGAUAAUCCAGCUCUGUGGCCUUAAAGAGGAUGCAAUAAAAAAGGUGCACGCUUUAAUCGACAGAUUUGCAGAUCGCGGCCUGAGAUCCCUCGGCGUAGCUCGUCAGCAGAUUCCUGAAAUGACGAAGGAGAGCGCCGGCGGGCCAUGGGAGUUCCUCGGCCUCCUCCCUCUCUUCGACCCACCGCGGCACGACAGUGCGGAAACCAUUCGCCGGGCGCUCAACCUCGGCGUCAACGUGAAGAUGAUCACCGGCGACCAGCUCGCGAUCGGAAAAGAGACCGGAAGGCGACUCGGGAUGGGGACCAACAUGUACCCUUCAUCAACCCUACUCGACGAGAAAUCAACAGAGGUAACCGGACUCCCAAUCGACGAACUCAUUGAAAAAGCCGACGGCUUCGCCGGAGUUUUCCCGGAGCACAAAUACGAAAUCGUGCGGCGACUUCAAGAACGAAAACACAUUUGCGGCAUGACCGGUGACGGAGUUAACGACGCGCCGGCGCUGAAGAAGGCGGACAUCGGUAUCGCGGUGGCGGACGCCACCGAUGCGGCGAGAAGCGCAUCCGACAUUGUAUUAACAGAGCCUGGAUUGAGCGUCAUCAUCAGCGCAGUGCUGACAAGCCGCGCCAUUUUCCAGAGAAUGAAGAACUACACCAUCUACGCGGUGUCGAUCACCAUUCGUAUCGUCCUCGGAUUCAUGCUCAUUGCUUUAAUCUGGCGUUUCGAUUUCUCCCCUUUCAUGAUUCUCAUCAUCGCCAUCCUCAAUGAUGGAACCAUCAUGACCAUCUCGAAGGAUCGCGUGAAGCCAUCCCCUGUUCCGGAUUCAUGGAAGCUGAAGGAAAUUUUUGCGACUGGUGUCAUCCUCGGCGCGUACAUGGCAGUCAUCACCGUCAUCUUCUUCUACCUCGCCCACGACACCGACUUUUUCACCAAGAAAUUCGGGGUUCAUCCGAUCAAAGAAAACCCCAACCAGCUUACCGCGGCGCUUUACCUGCAAGUGAGCAUAAUAAGCCAAGCGCUCAUCUUUGUAACAAGAUCGAGGAGCUGGUCAUUCGUCGAACGCCCAGGAAUGCUGCUCGUGACUGCAUUCCUUGCAGCGCAGCUGGUUGCGACAUUGAUCGCAGUGUGCGCUUCCUGGGAGUUCGCCAGAAUUGAUGGAAUCGGUUGGGGAUGGGCGGGCGUCAUUUGGAUAUUCAGCUUCAUCACCUACCUCCCUCUGGACGUGCUCAAGUUCAUCACCCGCUACGCUUUAAGCGGCAAGGCGUGGGAUAAUCUGUUGCAGAACAAGACCGCGUUUACGAGCAAGAAGGAUUACGGGAUAGGAGAGCGCGAGGCGCUGUGGGCUGCGGCGCAACGCACGCUUCAUGGGCUGCAGCCAGCGGAGGCCUGCGGGCUUUUCCAUGACCGCGAGCUCUCCGAGAUCGCAGAGCAGGCUAAGCGCCGCGCGGAGGUAGCGAGGCUGAGAGAGGUGCUGACGUUGAAGGGACACGUGGAGUCGGUGGUGAGGCUUAAGGGUUUGGACAUCGACACGAUCCAGCAGCAUUAUACCGUUUGAGGACAAAUAAUGAGGAGAGAGAGAGAGAGAGAGAGAGAGAGAG